CACACACACAAUUCUAUCUAUUUGGCCCUCCCUAUAUAACAACAACAAACUUCGAUACAUAAACAAAGCAAAACAAAAAACACCUUAAACCACUUGUAGAAACAAAACUUGAAAUUGUAAGAAAUCGACUUUGAGAGAAACUCUCCAGUCCUUGAAUAAUGCCAAACACAAGACUCUGUGGAAGUAGCUCAGAAGAGAAGAUUAGUGAUGGUCGUGAUCCUAAAAUCUGGGACUGUGAUAGUACUCUCUAUGAUUCCUACGAACUCGUCUCCUUUGUUCACAUCAUCGAACGUAAACUAAUGCCUUUCUCUCCUCUCGCUCGGCAGCCUGGUUUGACUCUACGAGCUUUGAUGGAUAAAGAUAGCGACCAUUGUUCCUGUGCGUCGACUAAGAGGGGACCUUGUAUUCACCGGAGGAAAUAUUGGUGGAAUGGAAAGAAGAAAGACGAAAUGAAGGAACGAAUCAAUAAGAAGAAGAUGUUUGAUUUUAGUUUUUGGUGGAAUUUUUGUUGUAAGAACUUGUUCUUCUAAUAUGUAAGCAAAUUUCUAUGCCGAGUUGUUUAUGUGAUGAAAGUUGUGUGUAGGAG